AUGACUAGGUCGAACCAGCUCUUCGCUGUCUUCCUCGCCUUCGCCACCGGCGCCUUUGCGGCUCCUCGGGCAGGCUUCAGAGCCCCCUUUAAGGUCGUCGCGCGCGACGAGCCCACCGAAUUUGAGCCGCAGACCAAUGCCGGCCCCGGAGGCAAUGAUUUCCAGGACUCAGCGCGCUUCCGCGUCUAUAACGGCGGUGAUGCCGCGGCCGACUCCCUCGCCAUGCUCGAAGGCGCCUAUGAUUGCUUCGUCGGCACCCUUGGCUGGCGCUCAUCCGGACUCUCCUUCAACCCGGGCUCAGACGACGGCCCCUACUACAUGACCAAUGUCUACUCCAUGUCCGACCUCGGCGGCGCCGCCGGUGUGAUGCACUCCGAAGCCGAGAGCGGCGCUGGCUGGCUGGAGGUCGUCGACACCUACCUCGCCAACCCGACAAUCACUGUUCACGAGUACGGUCAUGCGCUGCACUACCACCAGCGCACCUGGGUGAACCAGCAACGCACCGGCGCCUGGUGGGAGACAGUCGCCAACUGGGUGGCCGACACGUACAUCACUUCCCCCAUCUGCGCCGACGCCCGCACGAAGCACAACUCCCCCGAGGGCCGCACCCUGUUUGACGUCAACAAGGUCAUCGGUGACUCCUUCCAGGUCAUCGUCGACGGCACCGUGGACUCCGGAAACUACUACCAGGCGUGGCCCUUCCUCACCUACCUCACCAACAACCCGGACAACAUCGAGGGCCUUGGCGAGGACACGCUGCACCAGAUGAUGGUCCAGUAUGAGCAGGAUAGCAACGAGACGCCCCUCCACACCCUCGACCGCGUUCUCGGAGGAAACGCCACCGCCGGCGAGGCCGUCGGCCGCUAUUGGGCCCGCAUGGCCUACGUCGACAUCGCCCACCAACAAGCGCAGGAGAUUUUCAACCAGGCCAGAGACACGAUCAACUUUGCCAACGUCGACGAGUCUGGCAGCGGAUACACUGUCAAGUCCGACCGCGCCCCCCGCUACAUGGGUGCCAACAUCAUACCGCUGACGACGUCGGGUGGCCAGGUCGACGUCAAGGUCACCUCGAGCGGCGAGUUCACCGCGACACUGGCGAUAAAGGGGUCCAGCGAGGUCCGCUACGUCGUCCUCGCCAACGGCGCCGGUUCCGCCGAGGUUGCCAGCGGGGAGGAGGCCAGCUUGGUGAUCGCGAACACCCCCAAGACCCUUAUCCUCUAUGACGGCUUCCAGCUCGCUGACAGCGAGGCUAACAAGGGCUUGGACUACUCUUUCACGCUGACCGGUGCUACCGUCUCCUGA